AUGUCAGCGAACGUUAGUAAUGUGUCACUGGAUCCGAAUCAGGACUUCCAAGCAAACUGGACACACGUGUCUUCAACCAACUCCAGUAACUUCACAACAGAGAAGCCCUCCCCUGAAAACAUCGAUGUUGUCAAUGGCAUAACAGCUCAGAACAUUCCAGUCUUUGUAGAGCUUGUUCUGGCUGUGAUUGGUGUUCUGGCAAACUCCCUCGUCAUCUUUGUUAUCGCGAGAUAUCGCGAGAUGAGAACAGUUCCAAACGUUUUCGUCCUUAACAUUGCCGUAGCUGAUUUUCUGUAUUGUAUCGAGUUUGUUCCUAUUUGGAACGCCUAUGGUUUUUUGCCCAAUGGAUGGAUAUUUGGACUGGCAAUGUGCGUAAUAACACGGGCGUUAUACGGUAUUUGUGGAAACGCCAGUAUCCUGUUCAUGAUAGCCAUGAGCAUAGAGCGGUAUCAGGCAGUCGCAAACCCAAUCGUCCAUCAUCAACGAAGUUCCAAGAAGCGAACAUGGAUCAUCAGCGCCGGCCUUUGGAUGGUGUCAGUCAUCUUCACAAUCCACAUCAUCGUCUUUACAAAGGUUGAACCAAAUGGCACACGCAAAGCAUGCAAAUCGGAUCCAACAAGCAUCGUGCCGUAUGAAGAUUACAUGAAAGGAAUCCUGAUCUAUCGGUUCGUGGCGUGGUGCGUCUUACCACUGUCCAUCCUGGUGCCGUGUUACGCUAGGCUGUACUACAAACUGCACCACGGUAGAGUCAUCCAAGCUGCCCCGUCCAAGUCAACAGUGAAGUCCCGAAACCACGUUACGAGGAUGGUGACCGUUGUUGUGGCGGUGUUCGCAGUCUCCUGGAUGCCGCUACAUAUCGUCUAUAUGGUUAAAUAUAGUUUCCAUCUGUACAGCGUUCCUGAAGGGCAACCUGAUCCACUGGAGAUGUUCGUGGCCAUGCUGUCCUCCACCAACUCCAUGAUCAACCCAUUCCUGUACGCUCUGCUGGGAGACAAGUUCCGCAUCUACAUGAAGAAAGCCCUCUGCUGCGGUCGUGGGGCGGACAAAAGAAGAUAUCAGCAGGGUACAACACUCAACAGUACUAGCCACGCCACACGGUUAACUCGACAAACUCUCGUCUGGCAACAUUGUCAAGGAACGAAUUCGGCUGGAGAGAAAACAGUAGAGACAGAAUUCAACAAGGCAACGGCAAAGACAUCAGAGAAGCGGGAAUAUAACGUUAGCUCCAUUGAAGCCUAAAAACCAAAUGCAAACACUUGGAAACUUCAGGCUACUGAAAUAAGUCUUUAUCUGCACUGAAAUAUCUAGAAAGGUAAUGACUGAGUACAGAACAGCAGGCAAACGUUACAGUAGAAAACUAAAACAACUACGUCUUUGAAGUAUUGUUAUGAGUAACAAGAGCAGUGACAUUCACAUCGAAAGAAACAGGCUUGUAUUGCUUUUUGUUAAUAACAAUUACACAAAUGCUAUUUGUGCAGUUUGAUUGUGGAAUGUUAUUGUCCGUGGAAAGUUGUUAUCUGCAUAGCUUAGCUACUCCUGUCAUUUAGUGCUGAAUGGAUUAAAACUUGAGCAAAAUAACUUUAUAUGGAAAGUAGGAUGUUGCAAAAUGAUUGUGAAACUGCAGUGAGGCUAUUACGAAGUGUGUACGCCCAGAAAUAGAGACUUCUCAAUUUACGUGUUUUUGGCUGAAAAAGUCUGACAAUCUGUAUUGUAUGGCCAGUGUAACCUCCCGUCUGUAUUGUCAGUAAGUGUUGUUCAGAUGUAUCAUCAUAUCAUUUCGUGUCAGUACUGCAGCCAGGCCGAGGCCUUCUCAU